UGUCUAUGGUCACGUGACUCAUCCGAAAGGUAGCAGCAUGGCGGAAACGCAUGUGCAACCUCAAAACAAACUCCUACAAUUGUACAGUGUUAGCUAGCAAACCACCGAAACCGAGCGACAGGCCGGGGCACCGGCGCCCGAGUACACUGCAAGAUGGACGAGGAGAAUAAGCUUCAGUUCCCGUCCCUUCCUCCUUGCAAGGAGGACCUAUUGGACUGGGUGUAUCCAAUGAGACGAGAAAUGCAGGAAAUUCUACCAGGCCUGUUUUUAGGUCCCUACUCAGCUGCUAUGAAAAGCAAGCUUUCCAUCCUUGAAAGACAGGAGAUAACGCAUUUAGUGUGUGUUCGCCAAGAUAUUGAGGCAAAUUUUAUAAAGGCCAACUUCCCACAUAAAUUUAGAUACCUCGUUUUAGAUAUUGCCGACAAUCCUGUGGAGAACAUAAUUAGAUAUUUCCCUAUGACUAAAGAAUUUAUUGAUGGCUGUUUAGCAAGCGGAGGAAAGGUUCUAGUUCAUGGAAACGCAGGGAUAUCAAGAAGUGCUGCCUUGGUUAUUGCAUACCUUAUGGAGACAUUUGGUGUAAAAUACAGGGAUGCUUUCAGCCACGUUCAGGAGAGGAGAUUCUGCAUCAACCCUAACGUGGGAUUUGUGCAUCAAUUACAGGAAUAUGAAGCGAUCUACUCAGCUAAACUGACCAUCAAGAUGUCUCCAAUACAGCUGGGCAGAUCGUUCUCCCUGCAUGCUGGAAUGCCAGGCAGCCUGAAACGAAGCCUGGAAGAAGACGAGGAUUUUGGGGGAAUGCAGGUCACUACUGAGCAGAACGGAUAGGCUUAUUAUGCAGAUAGCCGUCAUCACAUACAGUGCACUUUUUUUCCUUUUUUACAUUUGUAUGGAUAAUUUAAAUAUUAAACAUUUUCUAAAGGGGGGUCGGAGACCAUUGGGUCCACUUCCUGACGUCUGAGACCGAAGGAUACAAUUUCAUAAGUGACCUGUGUGCACUGAAGGUUUUAUAGCAUUUUGCAUUUGCAGCGGGACAGUAUUGCAAUAAUGCACUUUUGAUACUUGAAUUAUUUUUCGCCAGAAGGUGGCAGUUGUCGUAAGGUACAGUAAUAGGAAGUAAAUGCCCAAUGCUGGGCCCAUAUUAGGGAAUUAGGAAUGUUGGACAGAUCAGGUUUACAAUUGAGAAACAGCUUGCCAGAGAAUUAACGACCCAUUGCUCAAUAAACAAACAUCUAACAUG